CUUCCGGUCCGUCGCCGCCUUCGGUUGCUUCCCGUUUGCUCGGCGGCUCCCCUCCCCCGCUCGGCUCUCCGCGCCCCUCUUGGGCGCCGGGGCGGCGGGGCCGUCGGCGUGCGGCCCCGUGCGUGCGCGCUUGCGGCCGUGCGCGUCUCUGCCGCCCUCAGCCCAGCGGGCGCCCCGACACCGAGGCGGAGCGGGGGCAAGGGGCUGACCGCCAUGACCCCCCGAAGCCCCGCGUGAGGGGCCGAGAUGUGGUGACCUACCAGCUACCAGCGCCUUGCGUGGCUGACCUCAUCGAAUUGUCACCUCUGCCGACACCCCGGGGGGCCUGUGCUCCGCAACUCCACCACCUGGCACCAUGUCGACCUCAUCACUCCGGCGCCAGAUGAAGAACAUCGUGCACAACUACUCAGAGGCGGAGAUCAAGGUCCGUGAGGCCACGAGCAAUGACCCUUGGGGUCCGUCCAGCUCCCUCAUGUCAGAGAUUGCCGACCUCACCUACAAUGUGGUGGCCUUCUCGGAGAUCAUGAGUAUGAUCUGGAAGCGGCUCAACGACCACGGCAAGAACUGGCGGCACGUGUACAAGGCCAUGACACUGAUGGAGUACCUCAUCAAAACGGGCUCGGAGCGUGUGUCGCAGCAGUGCAAAGAGAACAUGUAUGCUGUGCAGACGUUGAAGGACUUCCAGUACGUGGACCGUGACGGCAAGGACCAGGGCGUGAAUGUGCGUGAGAAGGCCAAGCAGCUGGUGGCCCUGCUGCGGGAUGAGGACCGGCUUCGGGAAGAGCGAGCGCACGCGCUCAAAACAAAGGAGAAGCUGGCCCAGACGGCCACAGCCUCCUCUGCAGCCGUAGGUUCGGGGCCCCCACCUGAGGCGGAGCAGGCAUGGCCGCAGAGCAGUGGGGAGGAGGAGCUGCAGCUGCAGCUGGCCUUGGCCAUGAGCAAGGAGGAGGCCGACCAGCCGCCGUCCUGCGGCCCCGAGGAUGACGUCCAGCUCCAGCUGGCCCUUAGUUUGAGUCGAGAGGAGCACGAUAAGGAGGAGCGGAUCCGGCGGGGCGAUGACCUGAGGCUGCAGAUGGCCAUCGAGGAGAGCAAGCGGGAGACGGGGGGCAAGGAGGAGUCCUCCCUGAUGGACCUUGCUGAUGUCUUCACGGCCCCAGCUCCAGCACCAGCUUCGGACCCCUGGGCAGGCCCGGCACCAUCAGCCGUUGCUGUCCCUGUGGCUGCACCUGCCUCAGAUCCCUGGGGCGGCCCCACUGUCCCUUCAGCUGCUGACCCCUGGGGUGGUCCAGCCCCCACACCAGCCUCAGGGGACCCCUGGAGGCCUGCUGCCCCUGCGGGGUCCUCAGCAGACCCAUGGGGUGGGGCCCCAGCCCCCGCAGCUGGAGAGGGGCCCCCGGCGGACCCAUGGGGAGGCUCUGAGGGGGUGGCCCCUGUCAGUGGACCACCAGCCUCGGAUCCUUGGGCCCCAGCCCCGGCCUUCUCAGACCCCUGGGGAGGAUCCCCUGCCAAGCCUAGCACCAAUGGCACUGCAGUGGUUGCAGGCUUUGACACUGAGCCUGAUGAAUUCUCAGACUUUGACCGGCUCCGCACGGCCCUCCCAGCUUCGGGGAGCAGCACAGGUGAGCUGGAACUGCUAGCAGGAGAGGUGCCUGCCUGCAGCCCGGGCACCUUUGACAUGAGUGGGGUUGGGGGCUCCCUGGUUGAGGCCAUGGGGAGCCCCCCACCUGCAGCUACCCCGGCCCCCACGCCCCCCACACGGAAGACCCCAGAGUCCUUCCUGGGCCCCAACGCAGCCCUCGUGGACUUGGACUCACUGGUGAGCCGGCCGGGCCCCACAGCGCCAGGAGCCAAGGCCUCGAACCCCUUCCUGCCGAGUGGAGCCCCGGGCGCUGGACCCUCCAUCACCAACCCCUUCCAGCCUGCACCCCCGGCCACACUCACCCUGAAUCAGCUCCGCCUCAGCCCUGUGCCCCCCAUGCCUGGGGCUCCACCCACCUACAUCUCUCCACUAGGAGGGGGCCCUGGCCUGCCACCCAUGAUGCCCCCUGGUCCCCCGGCGCCCAACACUAAUCCCUUUCUCCUAUAAUGGGAGUGAGGGCCUGGCCCGGGGCGUGUCUGCCCGCAUGUGAAUCGGUCAUCCAGCUGUCCCUCUGGGCCCACUCACACUACGCCCUCCCCACACCCACCCUGCCCUGAGAGACUGGACAUGGGGGCAGCCAGGAGGACCCCUGUCCGAGGCAUUACAAGGGGGAGGACAGUCCGAGUCCCCCACCAACUCCUCCCACCGACUGCCCCCCAAUCAGUGUUUGAGCCUCGUUUCCUUCACACCCCUUGGUGAAUCCUUGGUGAUGAUUUUGGCGACUUCGGGAAUAAAUGACAAUUCUCGUG